AUGACGUCGUCCGAAUUUAGCAACCAUUUUUCAAUUGCCAAUCUCCCCUUUGGAGUGGCAUCUUCUACGAAUCAUGCCGCCCCGCAAUGCGUGACUCGACUAGAAAACCAAGUUAUUUUCCUAGACGUCUUGCAGAAGUCCGGACUUUUUGUGAAGGUGUCAAAUCUGCCAGAAGGCAUAUUUGAAAAGAGAACUCUCAACGAAUAUGCAGCGUUGUCCAAAGCAACCCAUCGCGAGGUACGGGAAGUGCUUCAAAAGGCAUUGAAAGCGCCCUUGCCAGAUAACAGCACCGAAGAUAUUAGCGACGUUACACUUCACCUGCCGGUUUCUACCGGCGGCUUCACAGAUUUCUCAUGCAGUCUUCAUCACGUCCGCAAUGCGGGUCGCGCGAUUCUGAACGACGAGACCCCCCCGCCGGGCUUUUUCAACUUCCCAAUCGGAUAUAACGGCCGUGCUAGUACUAUUGUUGUCUCCGGCACCCCGAUUGUCCGGCCCAAUGGCCAUUUCUUUGAUAAGACGGCUGCAUCGGAAAAGAAACCUAUCAUCUACGGUCCAUCGAGGGCGAUGGACUGGGAGUUGGAGAUUGGUGUAAUCGUUGGACAGGGUGUCCCUCGUUUGCAAGGAUUGAAUGCAAAGGACGCAGAUGAAAAUAUAUUUGGAUUUGUCAUUUUGAACGAUUGGAGUGCUCGGGAUAUCCAAGGCUGCGAGAUGGUUCCCCUUGGACCAUUGAAUGGCAAGGCAUUUGGAACAAGCAUUUCACCAUGGGUGGUCACCUUGGAAGCCUUGUCUCCCUUCAAAACAGCAGGACCAAAGCCGGAGGUUGCAUUGGCAAGCCACCUGGAAGACGUAGCAGAGUCCAGUUAUGUGAUUGAUAUGAAAGUGGAACUGAUUGUCGAGGAUCAAGUGACAGCUAUCAGCGAAUCGAAAGUACAGGACUUGUACUGGAGUGGGCGGCAGUUGGCCGCCCAUCUUGCAAGCAUUGGUGCUGAUCUCCAAACUGGUGAUAUCCUGGGCACUGGGACAGUCAGCGGCCCAAAUGAAGGCAGCUUGGGAUGUCUGUUGGAGGUCACCAAGGCUGGCAAGGAGCCUGUGACUUUAAGUGAUGGUUCCAAGAGACACUUUUUGCAGGACUGGGAUGUCGUUCGUAUGACAGCAAUCGCUGGCGGAUCAUCUUCCGGGGUUGGGUUCGGAGAAUGUGUGGGUCAGCUGCAACCAGCAAGUGCGCUGUGA